AUGUCGACGCCAUUUCCGAGUACCGUGCCGCACAUCAUCAAAAUAGAAGAUGGAAGUAAUGUCGCUGCAUCCGGUCAGGUCCCCAGCGACGAGGACCUGAGGAUCAUGGACAUGUUCAGGAAGGGCGUCCAGAGACGGCUCGAGCUCCGGAGGAAGGGGCACUGCGCCUCCUUCAGUGCCCAGGCCCAGCCAGCGCCUCCCCCGCCGGUACAGCAGCCGCCUCCACUUCCACUUCCACCUCCUCAGGUACAGCAGCCGCCUCCACUUCCACUUCCACCUCCUCAGGUACAGCAGCCGCCUCCACUUCCACUUCCACCUCCACUUCCGCCUCCACCAGCGCAACGCACAUGGGCAAAGAGGCCGGCCGGACCGCCUUCGGGGCUCAACGGCGUUCGCCAGCCGCCGCAGAAGCACUACCAGCGUCGGCCACCAUUGCAGAAGGCGCAGCACUCUCCGCACCCGGCGCCGAACGCUCAACGCUCCCCGGGCCCGUCCUGCCCGGCGCCGCCUGUGAACGCCGGCUCCGGCGUGCCACCAGCGAACGCCAUGAAGCCUCCACUUAAGCCAAGAUCCGCAGCCAAGCUGCCGCACCCAGCAGCGAAGAAGGAGCCCACCGUGCCGUGCGUCUUCUGCGGAGUGCUGUGCAUGACGGCGUGGCACCUGAAGCAGCACGAGCAGGGGCGGAAGCACCUGAACAGGGUGGCGUACCUGGCCGGGGAGAUGAACGUGCGGUGCCAGGUGUGCAACGUGCACCUCUCCAGCGGGCUCAACGUCGAGCAGCACUACGCCGGCAAGCGGCACCUCCGGCGGCUCAACGGAGCCUGA